CACGAAGCGUUCGUGUUGGCAUGACAAGGUUUUCGCGGCGCAGAAGAGAGAGAGGGAGGGAGAGAGAGAGAGAAGUGACAGCCAUGAGAAUUCGGAAGAAGAGGAGGUCCCUCUAUAUUCAGCCCCUACAACUCCAACAUUAUUAUUAUUAUCGUCUUUCUUCUCCACAUCCCACUCCUUCAUUUUCGCCCUUUUUUCUCAUCCCCAAAACACUGACUUUCCCUCUCUCUGCUAAUUUCUUUCUGGCGUUUCUUCAUACAACUCAUCCGCAUUCCGUCGCGAUCCAGGCGUUGCGCCACUGCCAUGAGAUCAGCCUUGUCUGAACGGCCACAGAAGUCUUGAUUCGUUUGAUUUGGUGUUGAUUGGGAUCGUACGCGUUACGCAAAGGAAGGGAAGAUGAUGCAUUUGGAGAAACUCGACGACUCGCCGACGUUUCGGCAACAGGAAAGCAAGUUGCAAUUCCCGAAGCUCGAAGACUCCCCCAUGUUCCGCCAACAGAUCCAAGGUUUGGAAGAAAAUGCUGAAUCAUUAAGGGAGAGAACUUCAAAAUUUUGUAAAGGAUGCCGAAAGUACAUAGAAGGGCUUGGAGAAGGAUAUGAUAGAGACAUUGCAUUUGCAAGUGCUCUCGAAACUUUUGGUGGGUACAAUGAUCCAAUUAGUAUAGCUUCUGGAGGCCCUGUAAUGGCCAAGUUUUCAAUUGCUGUGCGAGAAAUUGGAACCUACAAAGAAAUUCUUCGAUCCCAGAUAGAAGACCUCCUAGAUGAUAAAUUAUUCCAAUUGGUCAAUUUUGACUUGCAGGAUGUCAAGGAAGCUCGGAAGCGUUUUGAUAAGGUUAAUUGUAUAUAUGACCAGGCACGGGAGAAGUAUCUCUCACUGCGGAAAAGUACCCGGAUGGAUAUAGCUGCUGCUGUAGAGGAGGAACUUCAUAAUGCAAGAUCAACAUUUGAGCAGGCACGCUUUAAUUUGGUUGGUGCUCUUGCUAAGGUUGAGGGAAAAAAGAGGUUUGAGUUUUUGGAGGUUAUUAGUGGGACAAUGGAUGCUCAUCUUUGUUACUUCAGACAGGGAUAUGAGCUAAUGCAAAAACUGGAACCUUAUAUCAACCAGGUUUCAGCUUAUGCACAUAAAUUAAGAGAAGGUUCCAAGUAUGAGCAGGCGGCUCUUAAUGAGAGGAUGGAAGAGUACAAAAGGCAGGUUGAUCGAGAAAGCAAACAGUCCUUGAAUGGCUCUCGUGGUUCUUCUAAUGGAGAUGCUAUACAACCAUUUCCCAGAAGUUCCCAUAGAGAGAUAAAGGCAGUAAUGCAGUCUGCUGCAGAAGGAAAGGUACAAACUAUUAAACAGGGAUAUCUCUCAAAACGUUCCUCAAAUUUGAGGGGUGACUGGAAGAGAAGAUUUUUUGUUCUUGAUAAUCGAGGCAUGCUAUACUACUAUCGCAAGCAAGGCAACAGGUCCUCUGGAGGUGGGGGCCAAAAUAAUCCUUCUGAACCCAGUCCUGGGCUGCUCAGUCGGUGGUUGUCCUCCCAUUAUCAUGGUGGUGUACAUGAUGAAAAAUCUGUUGCACGCCACACUGUAAACCUACUGACAUCAACAAUUAAGCUUGAUGCAGAUCAGUCAGACCUGAGAUUCUGCUUCAGGAUAAUUUCACCAACAAAGAACUAUACUUUGCAGGCAGAAAGUGCACCAGAACAAAUGGAUUGGAUUGAAAAGAUAACUGGAGUAAUUGCUUCGUUGUUGAGUGCCCUACCUGAGAGAAAUAUCUCUGCUAGUUCAACUGCAAGUGGGCAACAUGGGUAUUCCAGUGGUGGUAGUUCAAUUGAAAGUUCCUCUGAUUUUGAUCAGUGGGCAAGUAGACAGAAGAUGACGGAUAACCUUCCUCCCAAGAACUUGGUGCGUUCAUCCAGAAGCUCACAACAGCUACAGUCCACUUCAAAAUUUGAGAAUCCAGUUGAUGCAAUAAAGCGAAUCCCUGGAAAUGAUAAAUGUGCCGAUUGUGGUGCACCUGAUCCAGACUGGGCUUCUUUAAACCUUGGUGUGCUUAUCUGCAUUGAAUGUUCUGGGGUUCACCGUAAUCUAGGGGUGCACAUAUCUAAAGUAAGGUCAUUAGCACUUGAUGUUAAAGUGUGGGAGCCUUCUAUAAUUAACAUGUUUCAGGCGCUUGGUAAUGUCUUUGUGAACUCUAUAUGGGAGGGGUUGUUACAGGCAAGAAGAACUCUUCAGGCUGAUGAAUUACCAAUCAAGCUUGUUGAAUCUGACAAGCACAAACAGUUCUUUAGCAAGCCCUGCCAUGACGCUCCCAUUUCAAUGAAGGAAAAGUUCAUCCAUGCAAAGAAUUAUUUCGAGUUUGAAGCUACAGUUGAUCCCAUCACGGGGCUUCAUGUACAACAUCCCUCCUCCAUGGGAUUAUAUUUGGGAUGGCACUGUUUACAAGAGUAUGGGGAAAAACGUUUUCUUCAGAAGGUAAAGGACAAUCACUACCUUCUUCCAGUGGUUCAACACUUGUGGCAAAGUGUCUCUGCUAAUGACAAGAAAACAGUUUACCGCCUUAUUGUUGCUUAUGAAGCAGAUGUUAAUUCUGUCCUUAGGCAAACUGCAUCUGAUACAGCAUUAGAUCUGCCCAGAGCAAUGCAAUUUCAGGAGCCAGCACAAAGUCCUGAUCACUUCUUUGACUGCUUGGCUGAUUCUUUUGACUGCUCCUCGAGUUCUUGUAGUUUACUCGGAGAAAGUGAAGAUCAAUUUAUAGGAGCACUUGGCAGCUGUUCCCCGCUUCAUCUUGCUUGCCAAACUGCUGAUAUUGGCAUGGUAGAGUUGCUCCUACAGCAUGGUGCAAACAUCAAUGCAUCUGAUUCUAGAGGUCAGACGCCAUUGCAUCAUAGUAUCAUCAGAGGAAGAACAACAAUUGUGAAACUUCUUCUUACUAGGGGAGCUAAUCCAGAAGUUGUUGACAAAGAAGGUAAAACACCUCUUCAACUUGUCCAAGAAACCUGUGAUGAUAUCCAGGUCCUCGCGAUUUUGAAAAACCCAAAAAGUAGCAUUAGACACUAUACCACUUAAAUAAAUGCAUACCAUAUUGGAAGUCCAGAAGAAAGUGGAAGAUUCUGCGUCAUACAUUGCAGCCCUCUAGGCCCAGGGGAGAGGCCCAGUUUUUGGUUAUUCAAACUGUUUGGCUUCUUAGAUGCCUCUUUAAGUGGAACUCCAAGAUCUUCCUUUUGUAUUUAUUAAUAGCCUUAGCAAGCUGUGCUUUUUAUUCAUUAGGUCUCCAUUUAUCCCCUAUUUAUCUCGCUUCUGGGGUGAGACUAAUGUGAAGUAGCUUGUUCUAUGGUUGUAUUUGUACAUAAGCCGUCUGCAAUUUUGAGACCCAGGUUUGGAAUCUUUGACCUUGAUAUUCCCAAUAAACGGACACCCAAACUUGUAAAAAUAAACACACAGGACACAUACAUAUAUGCACUAACAAGGUGCAAAACUAUAGCCUCUGAAAGUUUGUUAUAAUGAACUUAAAAUCCAAAAUGGUAUUGCUUUAAAGAAUUGGAUUGAAUGUGCAGCAACGAAGAGAUUCAAUUCUCAGGAUAUCUUAUGGGCAAUUUUAUGCUACAUGGGGUA